AUGUGGGAUUCUUCUGAGGUGGAGAUGUGGUGGACGGAGAGUCGUGAGCAUGUGCUGUGGUGUCAUGGUCGCUUCACUAAGUCUGGAGAGGAGUUUUUUGUGGCGAACAUCUAUGCCCCUUGUGACGAUUUGGUUAAGCAACGGUUGUGGGAGUCUAUCUCGGAGCGGCUCCACUCGUUAGCGGGGAAGAACGUAUGUGUUUGUGGGGAUUUUAAUGCGGUGAAACAUGUGGAUGAACGACGAUCGGUUCGAGGUGGCCAUCGUUCCUUAGAUCACGUUCCUUUCAGUCGGUUCAUUGAAGAUAAUACCUUGGUUGAUCUCCCAUUAAUUGGUCGUAAGUUUACUUGGUAUAAAGGGGAUGGUUACUCUAUGAGCCGUCUAGAUAGAUUUCUCCUUUCUGAGGAAUGGUGUUUGGCCUGGCCUAACUGUAGGCAGGUAGCCAGGUUGCGAGGGUUAUCUGACCACUGCCCUCUGGUCUUAUCAGCGAAUGAGGAUGAUUGGGGUCCUCGUCCGUCUAGGAUGCUUAAGUGUUGGAAGGAUGUGCCUGGCUAUCAUUCGUUCGUGAAAGAGAGGUGGAAUUCGCUUCAGGUCGAUGGUUGGGGUGGUUAUGUGCUGAAGGAAAAACUUAAGUUAAUUAAGGCAGGACUGAAAGAGUGGCAUAUGACUCACACUCAAAACCUUCCUAGUCGUAUUGAAACGUUGAAAGCUAGGCUUUCGGCCCUUGAUGAGAAGAGUGAGGAAGAGGCUCUUUCUGAGGAGGAGUUAGUGGAGUUUCAGGGGGUUUCGUUGGAUAUUCACUCGCUUUCGCGGCUGCAUGCUAGCAUUAGUUGGCAACAAUCCCGUUCGUUGUGGCUUAAGGAUGGAGAUGCUAACUCAAAGUAUUUUCAUUCGGUUUUGGCGAGCCGCCAUCGUAGGAACGCUAUGUCUGCUAUUCAAGUGGAUGGGGUUACUCUUGAGGGUGUUGAACCGAUUAGGCAGACAGUGUUUUCGCAUUUUGAGUCUCACUUUAAGGCUUCUAACGUAAAUCGGCUCGGGGUGGAUGAUCUCCAGUUUAAAAGAUUGAACUAUGUGGAGAAUGGUAGUUUAAUUAAAUCUUUCACGGAGGCAGAAGUGAAAUCCGCUGUGUGA